UACGGAGUUUACUGGCUUGUAUUCAACUUUCCCACAAAGCAGCGAGCCCAGCCUGUUUGAUUCCCCUGUGGAGCGGUAUCUGAAGAUCAGGCAGAGUGUUCAGCGCUUCACUGUUACUCAGCUUGGUAAGUGCUGCUCUGACACAGAAAGUGAUCUCCUGAGGUCUUACAGGUAACCAGCCUUUUGCCAACAGGUGGGGCCUGUAGGUGGCUCUAGCCUUAAUAUACUUGUACAAGACAUUUGUUUGGUUUUCCCCCCCCCCUCUGAUGUUUAAUACUGUCGACCUUUUAAUAUUUUAAAUAAUGUCAUGUCAGGUGAGCUGAAUACUUUUUACUGGUCUAAAGUUGAUUAUAUUUAAAGGUUGCAGUUAAAAAUACAGGGCUUUUAAAGCAGAGGAUGCAAGCAAGAAGCAUAUAAUGGCAGCUCCUAUUCAAAGCCAUAUCAUUUGAUAUAGUGCAUGAGUAAGGGGACUAUCAGAAGAAAAUGAAGGCUACUAUUUCUGAUACUCCUAAAAUAACAAAAAAAACCAACAUGAGAAUGGGCCUGUGGAGGAGGGCAUUGACAGUUAAGAACCAAUAAGAAAUCAAGAAGAAAGCCCCAAAAUAAUUUUAAAUGUUUUUCAAAGCCUUAGGGUAUGUAAGAUGUUAGUGUGCCUUUUAGGGAUUAACAGAAAAAAACCCAAACCUGAGAAGUUAAACCCAUGUUUCAGUACUCUCUGGUGCCCAUCUCCUUCCAAACAUUUUUGUAGUGUAGUUGGACCACAGACCCAUCUGUGCAUGCAUAGUUAGAGACUUUGAUCACCAACUCGCCUCUUGCCCAUUGCUCAAUCUUUUUUAUUUAAUCAAACUUGACUCCUUUUCCCACUUAGCAGUAAAGGCUUGUCCUUGUUCAGCUCUCAGGGAGCUGAGGAGUGGCCUGGCAGUUGCUGUUAAGAUUUGCACUGUGACAUUAGUGAGUGGAAAACAUGUACUUCAUGAGGGCUUCCCUACAUCCCUUAUCAAAUUGUACACUAUCUGUAGGCAUCCAGCUAAACUUUGCCAUCUCAACGGAGGUUUCUUUCUCACAGGGCUGGCAAUAUUCUCAAAAGAAAACUCAAACAAGUAUGUGGUGCAUUCAUACAACUUUUUUCUCUUUCCCUCAAUGCUGGGAGUUAGGGAUGUCGAAUUCACCCUCUCUGCGUCUAGCAUUCAGUUCCUGUCUCAUUAUGGCUUUGACUAUAAUAAGCACUAGUGCUGCGGACAGGGAUGUGCUGAGGAAAGUUAUUGAUGAAGUGACCUGUUGGAUAGCUGUAGCAGAGGAAGAGGAGACUAUGAUUCUGCAGGAUUUGAGUGACUAUCAUGUGCUUGAAGUUCAGCUGGUUCUGAGGCAGGCUCUCCAAAAUGUUUGGACGGAGCCUCUUGGAAACAAGAAGGUAAUGGUGAAAAAAGUGAGUCCACAGCAUCGUCAGCUGCUGGAGAACUCUUCCCGUGACCCCUGUCAGAUAGAGCUCAUUCUCCUGUCUGCCCGGGGCUUCACCAACCUCUUCCAGAUACUUGUUGAAGCCAAGAAGCCCCUGGUGGGACACAACAUGCUUAUGGACCUUAUGCAUCUUCACGACAAGUUCUACAAGCCCCUUCCAGAAAGCUAUGAGGAGUUUAAAAGGAACAUUCACAACCUGUUUCCUGUCAUCAUAGACACCAAGACUAUAACAAAAUCUAUGAAGAAGAAUUAUCUGUUUCCUCGAGUAUCUAGUCUUUCGGAGGUGUAUGCAGUUUUGUGCAGCAGCAGCCUAAAUCCCAAGGAUCCACUGUGGCCAGUUAUAGCUCUUGCAAGUGACUGCUCAAGAUAUGCUGAGAAGGAAUCUCCUCAUGAGGCAGGCUAUGAUGCAUUUCUCUGUGGUUCAGUUCUUCUGAUGUCAGCUCAUUUGCUACUGUGCAGAUCCACAGAGGAUUCAAUGGAGGCUGAUCCUUCUUUCUCACAGUAUCUCACCGUGUUAGCUGGGCAUGUGAACCACGUGAAUUUCAUACGAGGUGGUGUUUCAAGCAUUAAUUUUUCUGGGGAAGAUGCUCCCUGCGAUCAUCCCCCUGCCUUGGUUGUUCAUGUUCAAGGCUGGCCAGGCCUGAAUGAGAGACAGAUUUACCAGGAGUUUAAAGGUCUUUGUCGCUUUGAUGUCAGACGGCUUUCAAAGAACCAGUUCAUUCUGCUCUCCAAUAAAUACAAGCACGUCAGGCUCGUCCUGCGGGAUUACAAGCACCAUCCUCACCUGCCGGUUUCCGUCUAUCGCCACUGGAGGCACUCUCCGCGCGUGAACUGCCUGCUGCAAGUCUCUGGUAUUGUGGCACUGUGGUCUCUCUUGGCCUUUGUACUUGGAGGAGCUCCUAGCUGUUCACUCUAAAGGACUGCCUUGGAGAUGAGACAUGAGGAACACAGAUCUUGUUUCUUGUAUUUGCCCGUUUCAUUUCAUUCAAUAAACUAUGAGCAAAAAAACCAAACCUCAAA